AUGCGGGCGCUCGGGCUGGCUGUGGAGGCAAGUGACGGCACUAACGACAAGGGCGAGUGCGACUCGGCAUUGCUGACGAGCAGCCUAAGCUGUGACCCGUCUCGCAGCAUGGAGGUGGAGGUGGAGACGAGGCAGGGGUACGUCUACGCAGGCAAGCUGGUCCACAUUGAUGACUGCUACAACGUUAUGCUAAACGAGGCGCUGGUGCGACGAGCCCGCAGUUUUGAUGUGGAGCGGGCUGUAUUGCGUGAAAAGUCGCAGCGGGAGGCACGGCUCAUCGCAAGCAGUCUCCAAGGCGUGGUGGAAGAGGAUGCAGACGUGAUGCAGAGCACUAGUGAGCUGAUGCCGCGGCCUCGCUACAUCGGUGCCACGUACAUCCGAAGCAACAACAUCUUCCUCAUGCGCUUCAUCGAGGCGGCAGGUGGCACCGGUACAAAUGCUGCCUCUGCGGCUUCCGCCAACUCCGCUUUGGGGCAGCUCAAGAGUGGAUUUUCAAUGAUGGCUGCAUCGAUCAAGGUUCACUUGCAGCGGGAGAAGAUGCGCAACCGGGCCGCGCGCCGCAAGCGCCUCGAGGCCAAGAAGGCGGCGGGAGGAGGCGGCGGCCGGUAA